ACAUUUAUAAUCCAGGAACAAAAACCGUGUUACAUAUUGUAUUUGUAAACUGCAGAGUUUCCAUAUUGAAGAUUUUGAAGGCUGCCUACAGAGAUUAAAACCAUGGCCAUGUGCCGUAUAUAAAAGUCUGUUUAAAGGGAAGAAGGCAAGAAGCAUCUCGCCUGUUAGAAGAUAACUGGGACAAGAUGAGAGCAUCACAGUCCAUACCACAAUUUGAUUUAGGGUAUAAAUAACAAGGAGAAUGAAAAAUCUACUGGCACAGAAAUUGGGGGAAUUAUCUUCUAUCCAGAGGAAGCAGAAUUGAUGUGGGAUCCUUUGCAGUCAUGGGGACCGCCUCCUCCUUGGUAAGCCCCAUAGGCACAGUUGGAGAGGUGAUCGAGGACACCUAUGAAGGUGGUGGCGGCGAGGCCUGUGAGAUCCCUGUGGAGGUGAAGCCCAAGGCUCGCCUCUUGCGCAGCUCCUUCCGCCGCGUGGGGACCUCGCGGCCCGGAGGCCUCAUAGGGGCCAGCUUCAAGUCCACAGCCUCGGUCCAAGAACUGGAGUGCAUGGCCGAGUACGAGCGCCUGAGGAAGGAGUACGAGAUUUUCCGUAUCAGCAAGAACAACGAGGUGGCCUCCAUGAUGAAGAAGGAGGCCAAGUUGGACAAGGAGAACAAGCGCUUGCGGGCAGAGCUGCAGGCACUCCAGAAAACAUAUCAAAAGAUACUCAGAGAGAAAGAAAGUGCUCUGGAAGCGAAGUACCAAGCCAUGGAGAGAGCUGCUACAUUCGAACACGAUCGAGACAAAGUCAAAAGACAGUUCAAGAUUUUUAGAGAAACUAAGGAAAAUGAAAUCCAAGAUUUACUGAGAGCCAAGCGAGAGUUGGAAGCAAAAUUGCAGAGGCUACAAGCUCAAGGCAUCCAGGUAUUUGAUCCUGAAGAGUCUGAUUCAGAUGACAGCUGUACAGAGGUUACUGCCGCUGGCGCUCAGACUGAAUACUGGACGGGGGGCGCAUUGGGGAGCGAACCAUCCAUGGGCAGCAUGAUGCAGCUCCAGCAGUCUUUUCGGGGCCCGGAGUUUGCACACAGUUCCAUUGAUGUGGAAGGGCCAUUUGCAAAUGUUAACAGGGAUGAUUGGGAUACAGCUGUUGCCAGUUUGUUGCAGGUGACUCCGUUGUUUUCCCACUCUUUGUGGAGUAACACAGUAAGGAUAUAUCUCAUCAACACAGAGGAAACUCAACCAGAAGUCGACAUUUUCAUACAGAAAUAUUCACCAAAACUACAAAAAUAUUGUGAGACAAUGGAAUACUUCUUCCAAGUGGUCCAUUUUGCAGUGGAAACAGACAGUCCUUUCCAAGCUGUAAGGAAAUGGGAAAUCGAGAAGAGUUCCUUAGCAAUUUUAUUCCUACAUCUCAGUUUGCCUAGCUGUCUCAUGGAUGAGUGUGAAGAAGCCUUUUUGAAGAACCCCGAAGGGAAGCCUCGACUUAUUUACCGCCGGCUGGAAGAAGGUCAAGUCAGUUCAGAUGCCAUAGAGCAGUUAGUUGAGCAGGUUCAAAUUGUGAACAAAGCCAAGAUUAUCAACCAUACAGGAGGAUUAGAGGAAGGAGCCUAUGAAGUCUAUAAUUACGUUGAAAAAACCAUAAAACAGGAUAUAUUAGGCUGUGAAAUUACACAGCUAGAAAAGAAAGACAUAACUGAUAAUAGUGACUCUUCUGUUUCUGAAGAGGAGGUUUUUGGAGAUGUCCUGUGGGAUGCUCAUGACGAACAAGAACAGAUGGAGGCUUUCCAGCAGGCUUCCAAUUCCUCUUGUGAGCUAGGAUUCGAGAAGUAUUACGAACGACUAAAUGACCUGGUGGCCGCCCCAGCACCAAUCCCCCCACUUCUUGUCUCUGGAGGACCAGGAUCUGGGAAAUCUCUCCUUCUGUCUAAAUGGAUUCAGUUGCAACAAAAGCAUUCACCAAAUACACUCAUUCUAUAUCAUUUUGUUGGGAAACCCAUGUCAAGCAGUUCAGAGCCUUCACUGAUCCUCAAACGUCUCACUUUAAAGCUUAUGCAGCAUUCCUGGUCAGUCUCUCCUUUGACUCUGGAUCCGACAAAGCUAUUGGAAGAAUUUCCUCAUUGGCUAGAGAAACUUUCUGCUCAUCACCAAGGCGGUGUUAUUAUAAUAAUUGACUCUAUUGAUCGAAUCCAGCAAGCUGAAAAGCACAUGAAGUGGUUGAUCGAUCCUCUACCAGUGAACGUAAGGGUUAUUGUAUCCGUGAAUGUUGAAACUUGUCCGCAAGCAUGGAGACUAUGGCCCACCCUUCAUCUUGAUCCUUUAAAUGCUGAAGAUGUGAAAUCUCUCAUUAAUGAAGAGUGCAGUUCUGCAGACUUCAAGCUGACUAAAGAACAGGAAAAGAAGCUGGAGAAACACAGUCAUUCUACUACAACUUGCAAUGCUUUAUAUGCCAUGCUUUUGGGCAGAAUGGUGGCUAGUGCUGGAAGCAUCGAAAAUAGUGAUGUGAUUCUUCAAAAGUGUCUCCACUGCCAAGAUACAGUGUCACUGUACAAGCUGGUUCUCAGAUCAGUUGAAGAAUCUUUGAAAAGUGAUAAAGACAAAGACCUCAUGAAAGAGGUUCUUUGUCUCAUUAGUGUCAGUCACAAUGGAAUCAGUGAAUCAGAACUGACAGAACUGUGUCCUGAACUGUCUUGGGAAUUGUUGGCCUCCUUAGUUUACAACUUACACAAGAUGUGUUUUUUGACCUAUGGCUGUGGCUUGUUAAAGUUUCGGCACCUCCAGGCUUUGGAAACAGUGAAGCUGGAAUACAUGGAAGAACAGAACACUUUGGCUGCUUAUAGAAAAACACUGAUUGCGUACUUUAGCAUGCAAUUAAGUGAAGAGAGAGUGACUUGGCGGAGCACAGAUGAGCUUCCCUGGUUGUUCCAGCAACAAGGUGACAAGCAGAAGUUACAUAAAUGCCUCCUGAAUCUCUUUGUAUCUCAAAACUUGUACAAAAGGGGCCAUUUUGCAGAACUAUUGAGCUACUGGCAGCUCCUUGGCAAAGACAAGAGCUCCAUGGCAGCAGAAUAUUUCAGUUCUCUGAAGCUUUAUGAGAAAAGCUGCGAGGGAGAGGAAAGCAUGAUCACCUUGGCUGACCUCUAUGAGACUCUGGGGCGAUUUCUUAAAGAUCUAGGUCUUCUCAGUCAGUCUAUUGCUCCCCUGCAACGCUCCCUGGAGAUCCGAGAGACUGCCCUCGAUCCAGAUCAUCCCAGAGUAGCCCAGUCGCUCCAUCAGCUAGCAGGUGUUUACAUGCAGUGGAAGAAGUUUGGCAAUGCUGAGCAGUUGUACAAGCAGGCCCUUGAAAUCUCUGAAAGUGCGUACGGGACUGAACAUCUCAGGGUUGCUCGGGAACUGGAUGCUCUCGCCACGCUGUAUCAAAAGCAGAACAAAUAUGAACAAGCUGAACAGCUAAGGAAAAAAUCAUUCAGAAUUCAGCAAAAAGCUGCUAGGAGGAAGGGCAGCCUGUAUGGAUUUGCACUUCUUCGCCAACGAACCCUGCAGCUGGAGGAGUUGACUUCGGGUAAAGAUACUUCUGAUAAUGCUCGAACACUUAAUGAGCUUGGAGUUCUCUACUACCUGCAAAAUAAUCUUGAGACAGCAGAGCUUUUUUUGAAACGCUCCCUGGAAAUGAGAGAACGAGUUCUUGGGCCUGAGCAUCCAGACUGUGCCCAGUCUUUGAACAACCUGGCCGCACUCAACAAUGAGAAGAAGAAUUACGACAAGGCAGAGGAGCUGUAUGAGAGGGCCCUGAACAUCAGGAGGCAAGCAUUAGCGCCUGACCACCCUUCGUUAGCUUACACCGUUAAACACCUCGCUGUGCUCUACAAGAAGUUGGGAAAGCUUGACAAAGCUGUGCCCCUGUAUGAGCUGGCUGUUGAAAUCAGGCAGAAAUCCUUUGGUCCGAAGCACCCGAGCGUGGCUACUGCUUUGGUGAAUCUGGCGGUUCUUUGUUGUCAAAUGAAAAAACAUUCAGAAGCCUUGCCUCUUUAUGAACGGGCUCUAAAAAUUUAUGAAGACAGCUUUGGGCGUAUGCAUCCUCGAGUAGGAGAAACGUUAAAGAACUUGGCUGUGCUGAGCUAUGAAGGAGGGGAUUUUGAGAAGGCUGCAGAGCUGUAUAAGAGAGCGAUGGAAAUCAAAGAAGCAGAGACUUUGUUGAUGGGCGGAAAGGCAGCUUCCCGUCACUCGUCAAGCGGAGAUACCCUCAGUUUGAAAAGUGUAUUAUCUCCCAAUGUGCUGCUGCAGAAUGCUCGAAGGUGAUGCGCACACAGGCCAAGAAGCAAUUGUGUCUCCAGCACCAAGAGAAUUGAGUUUCUUCCCUUCUCUGCAGCCCUCCAUGGCAGCAAAAAACAGUCCGAAGAGACUCCCGGCCCCUUUCUCCCAAGAGCAUUUUUAGUGUGAAGGUGAUUGCAAACUGGAUGAGUGAUGCCUUAGACCAAUACAGCUAAGCACACCAUUGGAUCCUGGCCAGAAAGUACAACAAAAUGUCAGUCUUUUAAAGGCUGUAAUGAAGUGUUAAAGUAUUAAAGUGGUAAAUGUUGGACACUGUCGAGAAAGAAAUAGUGGAACAGAAUAUGUGUCUAGAACACUAUCCCACUUCAAGACACAAACAUUCAACCAUUUUCAGUAUUGCAAAAUACUGAGGGGAUAAAUCCUAACAGUUUAAAAAGUAGUGUUAUUUAUGAUAUCCAAAACCUCAGUAUAUUAUGGGGGUUUCUCUCCCAUUUAUUUCAAGACUUGAGCUUGAGUUGUUUACCAAUUUUUAUGCUUCAGAUUUUAUUGAAAUAUCAUUAAGGUUAGUAUGUAUUUGCACUGUAAGAAAAUGUUGGUUAAUUUCUACCUCUUUCAGGCGGAUUUUGAAUUAGGAGUGCUGUUUUGAAGAUAAAGCUUAUGUGGAAAUUACUCCAUGACUAGUGGGCUUUCGGGAAUAUUUUCAGUGUACGAAGUAGUUCUAAAGAUAAUUGGUAGUUUGUAAAGGAAAUUCUAUUAAGGGUCUUUAUACUUAGUACACUUCACAUUCUUCUAUCCACAUGUGAACAGUUUGUAUGUGCAGUCAUUAAGUUCAGGCUUUGAUCUCAGUGAGAAUAAUACUCUUUGAUUACUCUUUUAGUCAAAUUUAAUUCUAUUAACAUAUGAGUGGAAUUGGUGAUGUAUAGAACUGGGAAAAUUUAGAGGUAUUGUGAAGAAAUACUACACAAACGAUAAUAUGAAGUUUCGUAUAAUUUUGUAACAAAAUGUGGAAUGGUUAAAAACAAACCAAGUCUGCUCAUAUAUAACAUUAAAUAGUGGCUGAACAUUUCAUAAAUGAGACUUUGGCUCAUUUAUCCCGCCCUUUGUUUUGAAUUGUGGCUGUGAUUACAUCAAACCUGGAUAGUGAUAAAUGGAUCUACAGAAAAUGGCCUUUUGAAACAAACCAACUUUGAACUGAUUUAUCAGUUUGACAAUAAACCAUAAUUAAGGUUGUCUGCUUUUUAGCAAGUCAUCCAAUCUGUAAGUUGUGUUUUUCACAAAAAGAAGCAAACACUUCCAAUGUUUAUGGUGUUAUACAUGAGUGCACCUUAUUCCAGUUAAUGCUAAUCUCUGAAGUCUUUUAUAGCUCAGAAGCAAAUAAGUGAAAAAGAAACCAGGUUUCUUGUUGGUUGUAGCAUCAACUUGACCAUGCCAGUUUUGAGUUUUAAAAGCACUUUCUUUGCAGAUAUAUGUCAAAUAAAUUACUUUGCAAUAAUCUUA